AUGAAGGCAGGUUUUGAGGUAGUUAACAAUUCGCAUGGUCAACAAUGCGAGUAUACCACAUUCUCGAGGCAAGUUAUGGAGACCAAUAAUAUUAACUUUGAAGUCAAGAAUUCGCACCUUUCGAAUUGGGUCGAGCAAGUAACCGAGCAACUCAUGAACAAUGAUUCACUUGAAUUGGGCACGGAUGAGACUGCCUUAACCACCUCAUUCAAUCAAAUCAUAGGUGAAAAAUCCAAUUCAUCGAGUGAUCACGAAGAUAUUGACCAACCAGAGCUCAUUCUUAAAAGUGCGGAAGAGAUUAGCCUUGAAUUGUUGACUCGUCUCCUAGAAUGUGCGGUUGCCAUCUCUAUCGAUAACCUUGGAGAGGCUCGUCGGAUGCUACUUGAGCUUACCCAAAUGGUUUCACCUUGGGGACCAUCUUGUGCCGAAAGAGUUGUUGCUUAUUUUGCGGAGGCCAUGUCUAGUAGGGUUAUCAAUUCAUGGCUAGGGAUUUCCACUCCUUUGAUUAAUUACAGGAGUGUCCAUUGUGCCUUUCAAGUUUUCAACAAUAUAUCUCCCUUUGUUAAGUUCGCUCAUUUCACCUCUAACCAAGCCAUUCUCGAGGCAUUUCAUUGUCGCGAUAGAGUCCACAUCAUUGACCUAGAUAUCAUGCAUGGUUUGCAAUGGCCAGCGUUGUUUCACAUCCUCGCCACUCGAUUAGAAGGACCUCCUCGACUCAAAAUGACUGCGAUAGGACCUUCAUUGGAGAUUUUAUCAGAGACGGGAAAACAUCUAUCGAGUUUUGCAAGGAGGCUUGGGAUAGAAUUUGAGUUUCAUCCUCUCCCCAUGAGGUUCGGAGAUAUCCAUGUUUCGAUGUUGCACGUGAAUAAGGGAGAAACCCUAGCCGUGCAUUGGCUUCAACACUCCUUAUACGAUGCCACCGGUCCAGAUUGGAAAACUAUGAGGCUCAUACAAGAACUAGCGCCUAAGGUGGUCACUUUAGUCGAACAAGACAUAUCCUUCGGGGGAUCAUUCCUAGACCGAUUCGUUGGUUCUCUCCACUACUAUUCGACUGUUUUUGACUCGCUUGGCGCACUAUGGCAAACAGAUGACAAGGGUCGUCACCACGUGGAGCAUUGUCUUCUUCAAAGGGAGAUCAACAACAUAUUGGCGAUUGGGGGACCGGCUCGAAGUGGAGAGGACAAGUUUAGGCAUUGGAGAGGAGAAUUUGCGGGGAAAGGGUUCCUUCAAGUUCCCAUGAGUGGAAACUCAAUGGCUCAAGCACAACUUAUACUCAACAUGUUCCCACAUGGCCAUGGCUACAACCUUAUCCAAGGAGAUGGGUCAUUAAGGCUUGGAUGGAAAGGUACUAGCUUGUUUACUGCAUCUGCUUGGAGUUGGAACGGUUCUAGGUAG